CCAAAAAAGGGUCCCUUUUUUUUUAUUGUGAAGUAUACUGCUUUUUUUUUCUUUCAUAUGUUUGUGUUCGAUCCUUUGUCGAGUGCACCCGGCAGACCGUAUACCAGAAUCGCGCCAAAAUUGCCUCACCAUUCCAUGCCAGGGCCACAUAAUUUUGUCAUGUACUCUAUUCCCGUUACACCAACCAUUGACAACACGUCGCCAAUGUUUCAGUCCGAAUCAUCUUUACGGUUGCGCCCUCUUUCUCACCGUGCCAUGUUGACACCUGUACCUUCCAUGGACGUCCCUUCGGAUCAGUCAUCGAGUUCGUUUGCCACCAGGUCGUCGGUGCCUCUGGCUGCUUCGGUGGCCAGUGGGCAUGAAGCGAAUGGGUCUGUUACUUUGUACCCAGUGCCUGCUUCUGAUCCCGGCAAUGUGCAGGAAGAUGGAUCGCCACAACCAUCGGCCAGAUCGCUGACAAACAUUGCACACCCUUCAACCCCAUCCAUAACAUCAAUUUCCAAAGUCCAUCACCUUUCCGAUCACGACUCUGCAUCCGAAUUUUCAAGUGACAACGAAACAGACAGCGACAGUAACAAUGACGAUCCUAUCAGUGACUUGCCGGAACGACCCGAAGAAAAAAAGGAAUGGUUGAAAAAAUGGAAAUUCAACGACCCAGAAAUUUGCUGCAUUUGCUACAAGGACACGUGCGAUGAUGAUAAUUGCUUUGUUUACUGCGACGAUCCGGCUUGCGAAGUGAUUGUGCAUCAAAACUGUUAUGCGGUUCAUCCUUUACCGGCGGACGACGAACCAUGGUACUGUCAGCGUUGCAAGGCGAAACGUAAUGACGGAAUGACACCUGUCGUAUGCGCUCUUUGUCCAUUUACGUAUGGUGCGUUUUGCAAACUCGAGGAGCCUUUUUGUGGUAUGGAAUGGGUCCAUGUUAGCUGCGCGACGUGGUUGCCUUGUGCGACAAUACGAGACCAGAAAUCAUUAAGUGGCAUCACUCUCCAUGGCUAUCCGGCGGCGAAUUGGGACUCGCGGUGCUCUUUAUGUGACGAUGAAGUGCGAGCACAGUAUGGUGCUUGUAUCAAGUGCACGUCCAUGGAUUGCGAUACCAUGUUUCACGUGACGUGUGGUUUAAGGUAUUCGUAUAUCUGGGUGCUCGCGUUUCCCUAUGCCAACGUGAUCCGGUGUGGGACGCAUGAUUGCCGCAAAGAAAAGCCGUUGAAAGGUCGACGGAAACGUAUCAGCCCAUAUGAUGUGUGGAUUUUACAACGGGACCACUUUUUACAGACGCAUGAAGGCGUGAAUGAUGGCAAAGAAUUGUGUCUUACUGCAUUUUACGAGGCAUUCUCCGAAAUUCCCAAGGAAGCGUCGGCGGCGCUUCUGGGGUCCACGUUCCAGGAAUUCACGAUCACCUUGCAAGAUGAGGUUCGGAAACGACGAUUGAAAGUGAUGGAGGAGUGGCAAGAGGUCAUGGAAAGUUUGGUGGUAUUUCGACAACGCGUGGCCUCCGGGGAAGAAGACGGGGAUCGUAAUGCGUUGACGAAGCGCGUGAAAGAACUCCAAAAGCAAAUCAAGGCCGUCUACGCCUCUAGACAACUGAUGAGUCGGGUGAAUAUGGAUAUACGCAAACAGAUGCGCGAAAUAUCGUAUCAGAUUUUGUUGAAGCAGAUCAAACGAUCGCCCCUCAAGAGCGUCGCGUUGUCAACCGUGAAGCCCGAAACAUCCGAUGCCGACUUGGGACUCAUUCAAAGCAUGGCACAAAUCGCCGAUUCUCCACCAACGCCCGCUGCACCCAUAGAAGAAAUUGCCGAAAACACGCAAACGAGUACAUCAGCAGCAUCCGUGUUUAAUCCACGAGGGCAAUCCCCAAUUGAAAUUCUUUCUGAUGGGCACUCGGAAGCCGACAGUGCCACGUUGCCGGAAAGCGAGCCAACGUACCAUGACGCGCAAAUGUCACAAACCAUUGAACUUGAUGACGAUGAUGAUGAUGAAACUGCAGCUGUGGUGGUGCCGUCCAAACGCGAUGCUUCAGGGUCCUCGCGGCGAAGCGUGUCACCUGACGAUCAUGCCUCACACGAGUCCAGUUCUCCCUACGCGUCUGCAUCGGAAUCACAAGAUGAAUCGUUUGCGCCGAGCCACUCGCAUAAUCCCGACAAGACUCGGUUGCCAGUCUCGCUACCAUCCACAUCGGCUUCGGCAUCGCCUGCGCCGGCACGUUCUUCCCCGAUUUCAAGACUCUUUUCUUCCCCCAUUGCCAAAUUAUUCGUGACAGGUCGAUCCCGAACCAAGCCAUCCCCAACCCCCAUUGUAUAUCCCACCCUACUCUCCGAAUCCACUUCUUCCGAAAAGAGCAAUCAUGUCAAUAGCGUAUCUAACGCGUCGAUUUUAUCGUCAGACAAUCACGCUCUUAAGAGCGCAGUACAAGACAAAGUUCCGGCGGCAAAGAAGCGAAAGACAGAGAAACAAGCAAUCACCAAAACUACCACUCACAAGAAACAAAUGUUGCCCGGACCCCCAUCGAAAGAGUCACAUCAAGGCCCACCGAAAUCAGAGACCAAGAUCACCAAGGUUACCUGGCACACGCAUGUUUUCAAUGGUCCACAGUGGUAUAACGAUCCCAACCUGGUAUGUACAGAGUGUGGCCAUCACGAACUGCCGCAAGAAGUGCUUGAUCGAUUGCAUCUGUCACCCGAAGACAUGAAGCAUAUCAGCGAAACGGAGCACAUGCGUCCGGCCGGAUACACCGGUCGUGGUAAGUUUUGGGAUCCGCGCGUAUUUAUCGAAUGUUCCGCUUGUCGUCGCAAGUUACACUGUGGAUGUCCCGAUCCGCCUAUCAAAAACUACCCUUCCAAAAACGAAGCGUUUGUAUGUGUGGAUUGUGAUCCGACAUUGGACGAAGAGGGAGGUGCCAAAGAGGUCGAAUCAGAACCCAAAGAACGAUUUAGAAGGAGGAAAACCAUCAAUUACAAAGUCUAGAAAAACUAAUUACUCUUCCACAAUACUGUGUCUAAUUCCUGUGCCAUACAUGACUUGAAAGUCACAGGCCAAGCAAAAUCAUUCAUCAUCUCCCAUUAGCUAUUGCAAAAAUAAUACAAUAUAUCCGAACCAUUUUUUUUUCUUGGUUCAGCAGCAACAUCCUAUCAGCAAAUUAAAUUUGGAUCGAGUAUACUGAGAUCCCGACCACUGGGCCAUGGUGGUGUGGUCUUGCAAAUGAAUGGCGUCUCCAUGUACGUAACUCGCUAUGGACAACGAGACUUUGCAAAUGUGUAUCACGGCGUUGGGAGUUGCGGCUUACUUUAUGUUACAUGAUGUAAAUAUGCGAAGAAAUAGCUUGUCGAUUUGGUAAGAAAAAUACUGAUUUUGCUUGGGUACACGGCAUGAAGUGCGUGUUGCGCCAAGAUCAGAUAGCCAAAAA